CAUAAAGAAAUUGUCAACCGACAUUAUGAAAGGGAAUAUAUUAUUUUUGUAAUAAAGAAUUACAUUAUAUUGUCAAAAUUAAAACAUAUAAUAACAAUUCAUGCGGUGGUUACUCAAGAUUUUCGAUAUACUAACAAUUUUACUAAAAUGGACUGUUACAGUGUCGAAUCCGACGUACUUGUGAGAAAAGGUCACAGGAAUAGAGAUAGAGAGAAAAAUUACAUUUCCGAGUAUACGAGGCAGCCUGAUGUUCAUAUUGUAAGAAAAUUAUGUAAAGCGAAACAUACGAAACAUAACCCUAAUGACGUCGCGGAUGGGGCGCCGUCCACGUCGGUUGUUAUAAAAAAAGCUAUUGCCAAGAUUUCUAAAAGAAAAUUUAUCCCGGAUACUUUAUACAAAGACGAUACAUCCAGUGAAAUACCACUCAUCAAAGUGACUGUUAUACCUAAACACGUGGACACACAAACAUCGAGACAGUUUAAUAAGCGAAGACAAACUGUCAAAAGAGUCCAAAGUACAGUAUCCAACCAAGAGAGUUCACUUCGAUCGAAAAACAUAUAUUUAGUUGUAACCGGACGUAAAGCUGACAAGAUAUACGAGAUAAAAACAACAGGCAGUGAAAAGUUAUCAACGAACCAAUCAUCUAGCAGAAUAAAAUAUGAAGAUAUAUCAUUGAAAAAAUUACAUAAUUACAAACACGUUAUAGAUUCUUUAAAUAUGGACAAAAAGAAAAAAAGAGACAAGAAGAAGAAGUCGGCAACUCAGCGUAAAGAUUCAAGGACGUCGUUAGUGAACGAGAUAUUCGGAGGUGCGGGAAUAACAUUACAAGAAUGCAUCUGUUCUAAUGCGAAAAGAAAGGCUCCAAUGAAUGUCAAACACCGUAGGAGUCGGCUGCGAAUCAUCGGCGAACUUGGUCUUACGAAUGACGAUAAAUAUGUUAUAAAUUAUGCGGCUACUGUAGAUGGAGAUACGGGUAUACGAAACUACUCGCGAACGGACGAAAGAUUGAAGUCUAACGAAGCAUCAGAUCUGACUAGUAGACAACAAGAAUACACCAAUUGCUCAUCUAGUUACAGCACGAGUAAUGUUAUUUAUAAUAAUAAAAGCUACUUUCGAACUCAUCGUGAUUCUAAUGUUCAGGCUAAUCUUCUAGAGCCAACUACAUUCUGUGCUUUUUCAAAAAAUCGUGGUGUAAGACAAGAGUCACAAGGAACUCAAGUGGAUUUAGAUGGACCAUUAGAUAAAAAUAAAAAAUAUACAUUCAGAGAUCAGACAAUACAGUGCUAUUGUAACUGCAGCAACGGUACAGCAACAGAAAUUGUGAGCAGUACCACAGACGCUGUUAACAAAAGCAGUACCACAAAAGAUACUAAAAGCCCCCUUGUAAUUAUAUCAGUAUAUUCGAAGCAAGAUUCUGCGGAAAAUACAACCAGUAGCCACACUCUGAUAGAUCAACGACCAGCUUUACCGAAACGACAAUCCGAGUCCCCACAUCAGCAUAGAAACAAGAGCAAAAUGAAUAUGUACCGAAGUCGUUCUCCAUCACCUGAACAUAGAAACUAUUCAAGAGAGAAUCCACUUAACAGAACCGUCGAUGCCAGAUUUUUAAACACGAAAAAGAAAAAUUACAACGCUAGACCGACUUCACCAGUUAACCAAAAAAAAGUUCCCUCCCCAACCGAUCUGAGUACAACAACGACGAAAUCUAAAACGAAAAAUGAGUUUUUUAAAAAGUUUCCUGUCAAUUUCGGAUCUCGAGAUUCGAGGGAUACGAAUAUGCAAUCUAUAAAAAAGAAAAAAAUCAAUGAUAAUAAUCAAAAGUCACUUCCGUUUGGUAAAAAAGAGGUUGGUAAUUAUUCGUAUGUGUCACGGAACGAAGUAGGAAAUAUAAAAAGAAAUGAUAGUCAAAAACAGAAUUACAAUGGUGUGAGGGAGCAACGUAAUUUGAACAAUAUGUCGAGAAAUCGUAGAGAAUAUAAUGAAGAUUCCCAUAGAUCGAGUGAUGAUGAUUAUGGUUCUAUGGAGAAUUUCUUAAUGUUGUCAGAGGAUAAUAGAGACGCGAAUACACGAUCUCUAUCACAAACUCUUUGCUAUUCCCCUUCGACUACCGCAAUUUAUGAAACUUCCCAACACACUAACACCGCUGUAGGUAAUACAGACAGCAGCGAAGUUGAACCUCGAUGUUGCAUGAAAUUCACACAAACCAGUCGCAGCUACGAUGAAUUAUAUGAAUCUACGAGUAAUACUAAUUUUUUCGCUCCCAUCAAACACUAUCACGGAGACAGCUGCAACAUCAUUGACCCAUUAGAAAGAGAUAGAGAGAUCAGAAAACUACUGGGACUUGAAUAUCGACAAACUCUCCCUCGACCAAUCACGCAUGAAUAUUAUUCGGAUAUGUUCUGUCGCGAAUCGCGGUCUAAAAAAAAAAAUGAUUACUGUACGAAACACGUGGAGGCCCGUAUAUCCAGAACGUUUGAGUGCAAAUGUUGCAAUCAAGAAAAAAAGUCACCGCCGCCUAAAAACAGAGUAUGUAAAUUAGUCAAAACUAAAACUACACCAACUCAAUACGAUUUGAAACCACCCGUUAUCCCGUGUAUCCCCCUGUGCAGCCCACUGACGCAUCAGGAACCGCGCGACAAUCAGUUGAUACUGAAUCGGAACAUACAAGUAUAUUUACAAAUAGAACAGUUCACAAAACAGAAGCCUAUUAUGCUAACAAGGAAACAAUACGACAAAUUGAAAAAAACAAUAAAGAGCACGGUGAAAUUAAAAACUCCGAAAGCACCGAAAUGCAAAAAAAACGUAUACAAGGCUUACAGUGUUGUAUCGGAAGGGCAAAUUAAAAAGGCGAACAAAAGCAAAUGCCGCGGAAAUCGCGACAGAGGUAUGCAAACGAAGAAAGAUGCCAAACGUCAGAAAAAACCUAAACAAGUGUCAAAGAAGAGUAGCAAAGUGUCACCGGCUACAUCGUGCGUGUGCGUAGAGGUACAGACUAUAUGCAGCACGUUGGAGAAACAGACGUGUCAUUAUUUGCUGCUAGAUAGACAAGUCGGGCAAGACACGUCGAAUACAUCCAAAGAAAAUGUACCGAGACAAACCAUGUCAUCGCUAGAGAUCAGGUACGCGAAUGUCGCUUUUAAACGGGUAACAUUCUCAUCGACCAAUGUCGACCAGUUGCCGACAGAAUCUGUAUACUCAAAUCAACUGGAAAACACCUCAGUACAUUCUUUACCCAAAAAAAACAAAAAAUCGGCGACACCAAAUCUUGGUACGUCAGGGUACUCAUUAUACUCUGAACCGACUGGGUCAGGUCAAUCCCUCAAGUACCUUCUCUCGCCACGAGACUCAAAACAGAAGAGGCCGUUCCUCAGAAGGCUCAUGUCCUGUCUAGUGAUGCACUCAGCAAGGCCGUCAAACGUGAAACUUCCGUGUGGUCUGACCAGUAAAGUUUCAGGCGUCAACAGUUCAAUUGAUUCAUACUAUAUCAGCACGUCUCUAGGAGCAAUUGAACUGACGUCAUCAAUGUACGACACAUCGGCUUCGUUUUACAGUAAUCACACAAUUGUACCUGUGAACAAAAUUAAAAGAGGGUUUUUAAGUUCAGUGCGUGGUUUCCUUACCAGCCGGAGAAGUUGACAUUUGUCGAAAUUUAUUAGUGGAUAAUUUAUUAACUCGCUCUGUAAAGUUGUAUCAGUUUUGAGUAGUUGAAUAUAAAACUGACCUUAUGCUCACGUAAACCUUUUUGAGAGAGGUAAUAUAAGUGAGCGGGCGAGUAUACAGAAAGGUUAUUAACGGCGAAUAUAUAUUACGCUGCAGAAACUUGAAAAAGCGACAAUGAUUAUUAGAAACAUGUUUAAAACUUAACAAGAACUAUUACUAAUCAGAACUACCUUCGUUAUCACAACGACCUUUAGUCAACAAAGUUACUGUUGUUUUGUUAUAGUUAACGUUUCCAAAAUUAAAGUGAGUUGUUAAUGUACAAUUUUUUGCUUGUAUAAAUUUACAUGACGUUUUUACUGUUUUUAUAAUC